GGGUCAGGUUGCAGCCCACCUUAGCCCCACCAUCCCCACCACAGUACCCAUAUGGGAAAUUAAUUUGCAAGCUGCUUUUUAGCUGCUUCAUGUGCUGCUCUAAACUUGGUAUUCAGAUUUGCGUGUUGCUUUCUGCUAUUUUUUUCCUGCUCAUCUUUCUUUCUACUUUCGCUCUCUAGGGCUGCUGCCUCCGCUGCUUGCUUUCUCUCUUCUUCUGCAGUGCGUGUAAGAGAUGGUGAGGCAAAAGAUUCAGAUCAAGAAGAUUGAUAACCUUACCGCCAGACAAGUGACCUUUUCAAAGAGGAGAAGAGGGCUUUUUAAGAAAGCUCAAGAACUCUCCACUCUCUGCGAUGCUGAGAUUGCCCUCAUUGUUUUCUCAGCCACCGGCAAGCUCUUCGACUAUUCUAGCUCAAGUAUGAUGCAACUCAUCCAAAGGCAUAGUCUGCAGUCAGAGAAGUCUAAUAAGCCUGGGCAGCAACCCCUUCAUACUCAGAGUGGAAGCAGUAACCAUGCUAAGAUCAGCAAGGAGCUCGGAGACCUGACUCUUGAGUUAAAGCAACUUAUGGGUGAAGAGCUCCAAGGACUUGGCAUGAGUGAUUUGAUGAAGCUUGAGAAAUUGGUGGAGACGGGAUUAAACCGCGUUGGGAAGACAAAGAAUGACAAGCUCUUGAGCGAGAUCAGCAAGCUGAAGACAAGGGAAUCAGAACUAAUGGCGGAAAACGCACGCUUAAAACAAGAAGCUAAUCAGAGGCAGAAAUUGGGAUGUGCAAGAAACGGCAUGGAGCAAGGAAAUUCAGCCGAGUCAAUCACCAAUUUUCAUCAGGACUUAGUCCAUCGUCCUGACGAGGACUCUGACACUUCUCUCAAGCUGGGCUUACCUUUCUCCAACGGUAACUGAUACUUGCUAGGGUUUUCGACUCAUUUUCCCCUCUACCAUAUCCUAAAUUUAAUUACUGUGGCAUGUAUAUUUGUUGUGUAAUUUUAGUGAGAUUUGGAGUUCUGUAUUUGGACACAAUCACACUUCUUGCCUUUGUAUCCACACUUAAACCAUUGUCCAAUACCUUUUUUU